CACUCCAUCAUCCCAUUUUGCACCAAACACUAACCAGCAAACACUUUCAUCUCCCCUCCUCCUUCAAUCUCUGUCUUUCUGCUGCAAUAUUUGUCAGCAAAGCCAAGCCACAUCAGAGAAAAGAAGCCAAGAAUGGCCAAUGCUGCAGCAAUCUCAGCAGUUGCUCUUGUGUUCCUGUAUCUCAAAAGUGCUUUUGGGGACUAUGGAGGCUGGGAAGGUGGUCAUGCCACGUUUUACGGGGGUGGUGAUGCAUCUGGCACAAUGGGAGGCGCUUGUGGCUAUGGCAACCUGUACAGCCAAGGCUAUGGCACCAACACUGCAGCUUUGAGCACUGCCCUGUUCAACAACGGCCUGAGCUGCGGGUCGUGCUACGAGAUGCGGUGCAAUGAUGACCCCAGGUGGUGCCUCCCGGGGACCAUCAUGGUCACGGCGACCAACUUUUGCCCUCCCAACUUGGCCCUCUCCAAUGACAAUGGCGGCUGGUGCAACCCCCCUCUCCAACACUUUGAUCUGGCCGAGCCGGCUUUCUUGCAGAUUGCGCAGUACAGAGCUGGGAUUGUCCCAGUUUCCUUCAGAAGGGUUCCGUGUGUGAAGAAAGGAGGGAUAAGGUUCACCAUCAAUGGGCACUCCUACUUCAACCUGGUGCUGAUCACAAACGUGGGAGGUGCUGGUGAUGUCCAUGCCGUGUCCAUCAAGGGCUCAAGGACUGGCUGGCAACCCAUGUCAAGGAACUGGGGACAGAACUGGCAGAGCAACGCCUACAUGAAUGGCCAGCCUCUCUCCUUCACAGUGACCACGAGCGACGGGAGGACAUUGACCAGCUACAAUGUCGCGCCGGCCAAUUGGCAGUUCGGACAGACAUUUGCAGGGUCUCAAUUCUAAGAAUUUUUAGAGGCCUUCGUGGUGUAAUUCUAGUAAGUACUUGAUCAAUUUGUAUAUGGGUCAAAAGUGCCAUUGUGUGCCAUAUGUAUUCAAGAAACAGAGGGAGAGAUGAAGUGGGCAGAGAAAAAGAACAGGGUAGGAGAAAGGUAGGAGACCAACUGAGGUUGUUCCUAUUGCAGAGGUGGCUCUUUGGCACCCGCUAGGUAACUAAGAAUUUAUGUAUUUAGACCGUGCGAGCUAUGUAGUACGAAGAAAAAAAAGAAGAAGGGGGAUACCUCCAUUGCUUGCCACAAAUUUAUGAAGGCCGGGAUUGUUGUUGA